AUGGCGGAUAUUGUGCAAGAGAUCCUUGUGAAGCCAAUCCAAUUAGCUGACCAAGUGUGCAAGGCCGCCGAUGAGGCCAAUUCGUUUAAGCAAGAGUGUGGGGAGCUGAAAGCCAAGACCGAAAAGCUGGCGGCUCUUCUCCGGCAAGCGGCGAGGGCCAGUAACGAUCUCUAUGAGCGGCCUACACGGCGAAUCAUACUUGAUACCGAGCAAGCCUUGGACAGGGCACUUGGACUUGUGUUGAAAUGCCGUGGAAAUGGGCUUGUGAAGAGGGUUUUCACCAUCAUUCCCACCGCCGCAUUCAGGAAGAUGUCUUCUCAGCUCGAGAAUUCCAUCGGCGACGUGUCGUGGCUCCUCCGUGUGUCUGCUCCGGCGGAGGACCGGGGCGAUGAGUACUUGGGCCUCCCUCCCAUCGCCGCAAAUGAGCCCAUUCUGUGCCUAAUUUGGGAACAGAUCGCGAUUCUGUACACCGGGUCGCUGGAGGAUCGAUCCGAUGCGGCGGCUUCAUUGGUGUCUUUGGCUCGAGAUAAUGACAGGUACGGGAAAUUGAUCAUUGAAGAAGGAGGGGUUGGGCCUUUGUUGAAGCUGUUGAAAGAAGGGAAGAUUGAGGGACAGGAGAAUGCUGCCAGGGCUAUUGGUCUUCUUGGAAGGGACCAGGAAAGUGUGGAGCACAUGUUACAUGCGGGUGUGUGCUCAGUGUUUGCGAAAAUCCUCAAAGAAGGUCCUAUGAAGGUUCAGGCAGUGGUGGCUUGGGCUGUUUCAGAAUUAGCUGCUCAUUAUCCCAAGUGUCAAGAUCUUUUUGCCCAGAACAACAUUAUUCGGUUGCUGGUGGGUCAUUUGGCGUUUGAGACAGUUCAAGAACAUAGUAAGUAUGCUAUCCCUAGUAAAGCCACAUCCAUCAGCCAAGUUGUUCUAGCGGGUAGUAAUAAUUCAAAUGUGCAAAAGAAUGCGAAUAACAGGGGAGAUGAUGAUGAGAGGCUACGGAUUCCUCAUCCAGGAGGAAAUAAACAGUCUUAUAAUAUGCAUAAUGUGGUUACUACUACUAUGGCUAUGAAGGAUCAACUCAAGCAGCCAGCCCUCAAUGGGGUGAAUCAAGCUAAUACUCCCAAGAAUGGUGCCACUGUGAAUGGAAAGCAAAGUCAUGGCACCAACCAUCAUCAGCAACCAAGUCUUUCCCUAUCUGGUGUUAACAAUAAAGGGAGGGAAUUUGAGGAGCCUACUACUAAGGCCUACAUGAAGGCAAUGGCUGCAAGAGCACUCUGGCAACUUGCCAAGAGAAAUUCUCCCAUUUGUCGCAGCAUUACUGAGUCAAGGGCACUGUUGUGUUUUGCGGUUCUCUUGGAGAAAGGUCCUGAAGAUGUACAGUUUAAUUCUGCUAUGGCACUAAUGGAAAUUACUGCUGUUGCAGAACAGGACUCCGAGUUGAGAAGGGCUGCAUUCAAGCCCAACUCCCCUGCCUGUAAAGCUGUUGUUGAUCAGUUGCUGAUCAUCAUUGAGAAGGCCGAUUCUGAACUAUUGUUGCCUUGUAUAAAGUCCAUUGGGAAUCUGGCUAGGACUUUUAGGGCAACGGAAACCAGAAUGAUCUCUCCAUUAGUGAAGCUGCUUGAUGAGAGGGAAGCUGAGGUUACCAUGGAAGCUUGCAUUGCCCUGACAAAAUUCGCCUGCAAAGAGAAUUACUUGCACUUGGAUCACUCAAAGGCUAUCAUAGGUGCUGGAGGGGCAAAGCACUUGGUUCAAUUGGUGUAUUUCGGUGAACAUGGUGUUCAGAGAUUUGCUGCGGCUCUUUUAUCCUACAUUGCACUCCAUGUUGCUGACAGUGAAGAACUUGCUCAGGCAGAGGUGCUUACUGUGCUAGAAUGGGCAUCAAAACAAGGGUUUGUGAACCAAGAUGAAAAGCUCAAGAACUUGUUAAUAGAAGCCAAAGAAAGAUUGGAGCUCUAUCAAUUGAAAGGAUCAAGAGGAUUCCACUGA